AUCAUGGCUUUGGCGUUUUUCUUCGCCUUGUUGGCGCAGAGAAUACCAUUAGUUGGUGAUUUGGAUGUGGACACGCUCGACCGCAUGCAGCAGCGUGAGGUGUAUCUGCAAGAGCAGAUGACAAAGCUGCUGCUGGAGAUGGAAGAGAAGAACACGGCGCUGAGCACGAUGGGCACUCAAGCCCUGCUUCGCUGCUUUGUUUUUUGUCUUCCCAUCCUUCUGUAUUGCUUCAUGUGGAUGAUCUGUAUAAAGUUCCGUAGAGUUGAAGACACCUGUGAUGAGGAGAGCUCCAGCAUUGAGAAGGAGCAGGAGGAGGAGGAGGAGGAGGAGGAGGAGGAGGAAGAGGAGGAAGAGGAGGAUGACGGUGUCUUUUCUCUCGAUGUGUUCUGGACAGUCCGAAGCCAUCAAGAGGACUGUGAAGUGAUGUACUCGCUGAUGUGUGGCGUCAUGGAUAUAUGCCGAAAUAUGGUAUCAGAUACUUUCUACCCAGUGCCAGAGCGUCUCAUCAAGGUGGGCAGUACCUUCGAAGGCUGGUGUCCCGUUAGAAACGUACCUGUCUUCAGCCUGCUUGUGCCCCUGUUGGCCCCCCGUGGGCACACUUUCCACCUGGAUCUGGGCACCACAGGCGAGGUACCAGCAAUGUACUCCCGUAUCCGUGUAGAGCUGGAAUGCACGUGCAAGAGGGAGCAGGAGAUGCGCAUGCGGUGCUUCCUCCACACCUCCGCCAAAGAGCUGAAAAGGCAGCAGCCCAGCCUCCUGCACAGCCUCUGCACUACGUCCCACUUAGACGCGCAGAAGACUGCCCGCUGCUUCCAGGAGCUGAUCAAAAAAGCCUGGAAACUCAUGCACGUCUCAGAGUUCACCAUGGAGAUAGACACGGUGAAGUCCAGGCGCUCCUGCAGGCUUCAUGUGAGAGAUGUCAACAAAAGAAUCUUCUACGUUGAGUUUGUGUUUGGCGUCCAGCAGGAUGAUACGGACAUCUUUCUGAGCAGCCAUGAGAUAGUGUAUCGUCGUACCCCCAGCACGGUCUGGCCACAGAGCUGUGUUGUGGCAGAGAAAAAGUUCCUGCAGUAUGUAGCCAACCACCCCCGGGGGGGCAAAUUCUACCUCAGAUAUCUGCAACUGUGUGGCUAUCUCAUGGCGAGCCUCAAGUUUACCAUCUACGACAUGAAGACAGUGAUCAUGCACCUCCUGAAUACCAUUCCUUUGCAAAGGUGGCACGGGAGGGCUUUCCUGCUGCGGAUGGAUGACAUCUUGAACUACCUGCACUGCUGCGUGGAGGAGAAACGCCUGGACCACUUCAUCGUAGGAAACGACUCGUUGCCUGAGGAGAUUAUCUUGCCAAAAGAGUUCCGAGCUUCCCCACCGCUCAACAUGUUCCAGCACCUGGAGGAGGAACCGGACAAAUACGAGCGGGCGCUGCAGGAUUUGGCGGAGCUGCACGAUCGGUUCACAGCCACGCUGCUCUAUGGGAGAUGAGAGACGCGCACUGUCCCACGGACGAGCACGCAGGGCAUGGAGAGGACACCGCUCCGUAGGCACUGGGA